AGGAGGAGGUCGGGCUGGAACUUGCCGGCUACUGGCGCGGCCGUACCUCAACAGCAUAGGGAUGAGGAGGAGGGGGACCGCCGGCAUGGCCACCCUUCCGAUCGUGGCCGCUGUUACCGUUAUCGCUAUCGUUGCCGCCAGCGCUGCCGGUUCCCUCGCUGUGGCCGCCUCAUCACCCACCGACGACACUUGGGACCGGGACGACGACACAGUGACGACGUACGAUGUGAGCGCAGUACUGGGACGCACGGCGUACCUGCCCUGUGACAUUGAGCCAGCCACGCGGGAGGAUCGCGUUUACAUGGUGCUCUGGUUCCGAGAGACAUCCGUCAAGCCAAUUUACAGCUUCGACGUGCGCGGCCGUGCGGUAGACACGGCGCUCAAUUGGUCGGACACGAACGCGCUGGGUCCCCGGGCUUACUUCAUGCCCUCGAUGAAACCGGCCACCCUGACCCUCUCGGCCGUGCAGAUCAACGAUGAGGGCAUUUACCGCUGCCGCGUCGACUUCAAGAACUCGCCGACCCGCAACUACCAGGUCAAUCUCACUGUGAUCGUUCCGCCGCAUCAGUUGCUCGUUUUCGACAACUCCGGGGCACAGCUCAAGUCCAUCGUCGGGCCUUACAGAGUCGGCGACCAAUUCAGCGUCAAGUGCGAAGUCAGAGGAGGAAAGCCCACGCCCACGGUCAAAUGGUACGCGAACGAGGUGGAGAUGAAGGGCCGGCUUGUGGAGCGCGAGGAGAGGAUAUGGGUGAACGAGCUGAGCGUGCCCCACCUCAAGAGGGAGCACCUCAAUACCACGUACAAAUGCAAGGCGAACAAUACUAAUCUGAUAACGCCCCUCGAGCAGUCCGUUGUUCUCGAUGUCUACCUGGAGCCGACAACCGUGAAAAUCCUGACGAAGCCCGAGAUCAUGGAGGCGUCAAAGGACUACACGAUAGUCUGCGAGGUCGAGGGCUCCCACCCGAGGGCCAACGUCAGCUGGUACGAGGGCACCAGGCCGUUUACCAACGGCAGGGUGAUGGAGAGCACGAGCGACGCGAUGCUGGUCCGUAGCAGUUUGAUGUUCUCGCCGCAGCCGGAGAACCACGGCAAGCAGCUCAAGUGCCGGGGCGAGAAUCCGGCCCUUUCAUCCGCGUACCAGGAGGCCUCCUUCUCCAUGAACGUCGUCUUCCCGCCGAGAGUGCAGCUGGAGCUGGGCAACACCUUGAAAGCCGAGAACAUCAAGGAGAACGACGACGUCUACUUCGAGUGCAAAGUCCAGGCCAAUCCCCAACAUCACAAGAUCACUUGGCGGCACAACAACGAAGUGCUGAUGCAGAACCAGUCGGCCAGAAUAGUAAUAAGCGCCCAGAGCCUCGUGCUGCAGAAAAUCAGCCGCGAGAAUGCCGGAAAUUACACGUGCCUCGCCAGCAACGACAGGGGCGAAACUGCCAGUCCUACGGUCGCCCUUCGUGUCCAGUUUGCCCCGAUCUGCAAGAGCAAGGACGUGACGAUAAUCGGAGCGUCGCUCGACGAGUCGGUGCGGGUGAGGUGCGAGGUAGAUGCCGAUCCGGCGGAGGUCGACUUCACCUGGGACUUCAACAACAGCGGGGAGAUAUUCGAGGUCGAACCGACCAAGGCCCAAGGGAAAAACGGCACUCUCAGCGAGUUGGUGUACACACCGGUGACGGAGCGCGACUACGGCGCCCUGACGUGCUACGGUCGCAACCCCAUCGGCAAACAAGCGGUGGCCUGCGUCUACCAGAUCAUACCGGCCGUCAAGCCCAGCCCCCUGAGCAACUGCACCCUCAAGUCAGCGCUCAACCAGAGCUCGGAGACUAUCGAGGUCGAGUGCGUGCCCGGAUACGACGGUGGACUCAGGCAAGAGUUUCGACUGGAGGUGUACGAGGUGGCCUCGGGUAGGCUGAGACUGAACGUGUCGAGCGUAGCCCCGGAAACACCGAUGUUCCGUAUACCAGUGGUCGAGCUCAUGCCAGCCACGGUGCUCUACCUCGCGGCUUACGCGGCGAACGCCAAGGGCCGCAGCGAAGCUUACCUCAUCGAGGACAUAGCCCUCGGCGACUCGGAGAAGCACACGGAUAGCUCGGUGAGCGUAGUGCCGUUGAUGCUGUUGACCCUGGGCUGCUUGGUGGUACUAGCGUUGACCGUCUUUACGGUCGUGCUGAUGAUGUACAGGCGCAGGGGUACGACCUCGCCGGUUCACAUAGAGCCAUACAUGAAGCAGCCGAUCAUCACUCCCCCGGACUCGCGCAACAACUCGAUGCUCGACGUCACUCGCGGCGAUCACACUUACUUCGUCGAGUACACCCUCAAACAGGUGGCCGAUUACGCCCUCAACAAUCAACCCGACAUCAUACAGUCGCCCCAAGCUGACCAGGAGAAGAUGAAGCGCGAGCCGCAGAUGUUUUUGCCCGUCAGGCCGGACACGCUCUUCGCCCCUUACGACGUUCACAAACAGGGCCUCCAAACAAAUCGAUGCAACCUAAAUCCAUUUUCCGCGAAAUCGUGGGAACCGAUAAGCUACAAGGCAGACCGCAACCUCAUGAAAGAGAUCAUCAUCGCCAACUCCAUACCAGGUCCAGAAAGUUGUGUGUAAAAACAAACAAACAAACAAACAAACAAACAAAUAGUAUUACCGAAUUAUGGUGCUUGUGAUGCCGAUAAUGAAUCUUAAUGGAAACGAAGACGAGCAACGAGUAAGAAGUAAAAGAGGUGACGUACGCGCGUCUUAUACCCAUACUCGAGGCGCGUAUAUAAUAAGCUUAUUGAUGAAGAAAGAAAAUAAUAAUAAAAUAAAGCAGCUCGCGUGACGGGAGCUUGUAAUAAGUAGGUAUAGGCGGCGAGUCAAGACUCAAGACUGCGCUCGCUCGAAAGUCACAUAAUUAUAAAUAUAUAUAUAUAUCUCCGAUGACUGAACGCGCGAGCUGCUGAAUAAAGAAACUUAGAGAUUAUAAGUAUAAAUAAAUUUUAAUAAAUUAAAAAAAAUAAAUAAAAAUAAACAUUGAAAAACUGGACUGAAAUA